AUGAGUUCUAGUGCUUACGUUUUGCCAACCGAUGCAUCACCCAAGUGGAACAACAAAGCAGACAACGCAUGGCAACUAACGGCGGCAACCUUGGUGGGCCUUCAGACCGUUCCUGGGCUUGUCAUCCUGUACGGCAGCAUGGUUAAGAGAAAAUGGGCUGUGAACUCGGCCUUCAUGGCUCUGUAUGCCUUUGCUUGCGUCCUCAUUUGUUGGGUUUCGUGGGCCCAUGGGAUGGCGUUUGGGGCCGAGCUUCUGCCAUUCGUGGGAAAGCCCAACCACGCUCUGGGUGGGAAGUUUCUGCUUGCAAAGUCGCCGGUUGGGUAUUUUCCAAUGGCUGACUUCGUCUUCUAUCAAUUUGCUUUUGCCGCAAUCACUGUUGUGUUGCUUGCAGGGUCUUUGUUGGGGAGAAUGAACUUCUAUGCGUGGAUGUUGUUUGUUCCUUUCUGGCUUACGUUUUCUUACACCGUUGGUGCAUUCAGCAUCUGGGACGAUUAUGGCUUCCUUGAGGGGAAAAUAAUCGAUUAUGCAGGUGGCUUCGUAAUUCAUUUGUCUUCUGGCGUCGCUGGUUUCACAGCUGCUUAUUGGGUUGGUCCAAGAAUUUCAGAUGACAGGCAAAGCUUUCCACCAAAUAACAUAAUUCUCGUGCUUGGAGGUGCAGGGUUUUUGUGGAUGGGUUGGACAGGUUUUAACGGUGGAGCUCCGUUCAAGGUGGGAGAAAUUGCAUCCUUGGCGAUCUUCAAUACCCAUCUAUGUACUGCUACAAGCCUACUGGUUUGGCUUACUCUGGACAUGAUUGUGUAUACCAAGAGCUCAGUCAUAGGUGCCGUACAGGGAAUGAUCACUGGCCUCGUCUGCAUCACACCAGGUGCAGGCUUGGUGGAUUCAUGGGCAGCAAUAUUGAUGGGAGCUUUGUCUGGUUCGAUUCCAUGGUACACCAUGAUGGUGUUGCACAAAAAAUCAGCAUUCUUUCAGAGUGUGGAUGAUACACUGGGAGUCUUCCACACUCAUGCUGUGGCUGGUCUUCUUGGGGGUGUUCUUUCUGGUUUGUUUGCCAAACCCAAGCUUCUAAGAACAAUGUACACAGAUGGCAACCAAUAUGGCCCUGGCUUACUCUAUAGCUUUUCCGAGGGGGAAUCAGUGGGUGAAGGCUUUAGGCAAAUAUGGUACCAGUUACUUGGAGCAGGGUUUAUAAUUGUUUGGAAUGUGGUUGUUACUAGCCUCAUUUGUAUUGUUAUAAGCCGCUUUGUGGAUCUUAGGAUGCAAGAAGAGGAGCUUGAGGUUGGUGAUGACGCUGCUCAUGGAGAAGAAGCGUACGCUUUGUGGGGUGAUGGAGAGAGAACGUGGGUCCCUCUUCGUCUCCAUAUAAGUCCAACCAUUCCUUCUUUAUGCCGGCGAAGGUUUUCUAUUCCUCUCACUACUAUGAAUCAAGAAGAGUAG